AUGUCCCUGAAGAGGGGUGGGUGGGUAACCCUCCGGAAAGGUCGGACCAAGCCUGUCGCCGGUCCCACCCAGCACACCGGCUUCCCAGUGCGCAGCACGGCCGGCAAGACCUCGCGCCUGGGCAUGGGCCAACUCAUUAACGUUGGCCAACCCCCCUACCUCGGCGCCCUCGUGCGCCGGGAACCAUGUAAUGACUUGAUGAGUGAGCACCUUACCCUCAAGUGCCCUAGCAACCUCCUCACAAACAGCCCCAGUGAGAAAGCUCGAAGGGCUGAUCUCGAGUCCGUAAAAAUCUCUUCCCUGUCCGACCUAAGGAUUGCCAGUGCAAUGCCCACGGGUCGGGUCGAGCGGGCCGGCCAGUACACCUGGCUGGGUGGCAGGAGGCAGGGCGUGAGGCAGCACGCCAUCGCGAGCGUUGUGCCAGCGCGCGCCGUUGACGUCAGUGGCGCGCGGUCGGAGAGGGCGGUGCCUGGGCCGAAAAGGCGGUCCGCUGCCGGGGAACGGCCCCGCUUUGGCGCCUCAGCCGCCGUAGUAAGCGCAGGGCAGAGCGUGGUGGUCGUCGCGGUGGCUGAGCGGAGCGAGCGAAGGCGCCCGUACAGCGGAGUUCCCAUCGAGCGCGCGUCUACCGGUGUCGUUGGCCAUGCGAGGAAUGGAGCCGUUGCCGCUGAGUCGCGAGCCCCCGCCGCCGCCCCCCAAGCACCACCGCGGGAUGGGCUUCUCGAUCGAGGCUCUGAUGAGUUCGCCCGCCGUGCCGGCGGCGCCGACGAGCCUGCUUUGCAUGUGGCCCGCCGCCACCGCCGAGUGGAUGAUGCGUGCCGCCCUGCAACCGCCGCACGGAUUCUUUCCCGUAGCCGCGCCCAGGUGCGAGCCCAGGAGCGAGCCCGCAACAGGCGAGACGUCUCCUGUCUCCAGCUGUCCCCCGUCACCGCUGGCCUGGUGCCACACCGCGGGCGACUCGGCCGCAGCUCGGAUAGCGACGGUGACUGCGGCCCGCCUCGCGAAGGCAGCCCGCGACUACCGAGCCUCGUGGGCGGCGACGAAGUCCGCCUGCUAGGGCGUUCUGAGUGCGCGGACAAACGCAGCGGCCACUCAUCCCACCAAGGACACGGCCAGAGCCUGUCCACGUCGCAUCAGCAGCAGCAACAGCACCAUCAGCAGCAGCAACAAAGUCGGCGCCGACGCACGGCGUUCACGAGCGAGCAGCUGCUGGAACUCGAGAAGGAAUUCCACUCGAAAAAGUACCUGUCCCUGACGGAGCGGUCGCAGAUAGCGCACGCGCUGCAGCUCACAGAGGUGCAGGUCAAGAUAUGGUUCCAGAACCGGCGCGCCAAAUGGAAGCGCGUCAAGGCGGGGCUCACGGCAGGCCGCGGGCCUCAGCAGCACUCUGACGCGCCACGCAUCGUGGUCCCAAUCCCGGUACACGUGAACAGGGUGGCCCUGCGCAACCAGCAACAGCAACCGCAAGCCGAACCCAAGGGACCGGGGGCGCUGGCUGCCCCUGUCACUGCUCUCACGGCUGGCUUGGCACCGACGAGGCUACCUGGGCGCCUUGCGCCAUCACAAGGCACUGCGUUUAGUGCCCCAGAGCCCGUGUGAACUGCAGGAAGACCGCGCACCUAAGUGAGGAGCACGACAGCAUUUGUCUGAACACCCAUCGGCAAACGCGCUCACCGUUACAAUGAAGAUCCGACGAACCAGGCGGUGGCGACGAAUGCACCGGCAGCGAUACUUCUCACUGAUAAUCGCCGAGGUGUACACUUGUUUUCUGUUGGGUCUAGAUAUACGGACCUCAUGGAAGCACUUUUGCACGUGAACUCCGCUAUUUAAGUGCUACAUGCAGGGCACUGGAGCUGUUACUAGCAUGAGGUGUUUGCGGUAGGGUCAGUGAUGCCGGAAGGGAUUCAAACCCAAGCACUGUUGGGUUUGAGAUACCUGCGCUACAGGAAUUUCACGUAGAAGAGCUACCGACGACUCAACGAGAAAACGAUACGUGAACUGCAAAAUGUGUGACGUGUGAAUGAAGAAACGGUGGAAUGGAUGGUGACGUUAGUGACGUGAGAGUAUGCGUGGAACUUCGUGAGUUGGUGAUGUGCGGUUAGCGGGCUGUGUGCGCGUACAGACGCUUGAACUGAUUCAACUGGUGCUGCAACUGGACUGAUUGUCGCAGAACAUCCCACGAAUCUCUUGAUGCAUAAGCACCGGUGCUGCGCUUGCGUGCUGUGUACACCACACGAGAGAGAAUAUAUUAAAGCAGCUAUAA